UUAAGAUAUUGCCAAAGUUCAAUAAACUCAAGUCACGUAUUUUGACCUUAACCAAAGACAACUACUUUCAUUAUGAUUUCUGCAACACCUUUAGAGUUAUAAAGAAAAUAAGUUCUUAGUAGUAAAAUGGUGACAAAAUGCUUACUUUUAAAUAUCAUAUCUACUUUAGUUGCAAUUGUUUCAACUCAUGACCAUCACGCUCAGAUUAAAAAGCACAUGGAGUCCGACGGCAUAGUUCCCCAAAUCCUCGGAGACGCCCCCCACGCCCAUCUCUUCGUCACCUACCCCAAUGGCAAAAAGGUCCAUCUCGGCGAAGAGCUCACCCCUUCGGAGGUCAAAGACGAGCCCCAAGUGACCUGGACCGCCGACUCCUCCAAAUACUACACUCUCGUCAUGUUCGACCCAGACGCCCCCUCAAGAAGCGAUCCUUCGUUCGCCGAUGUCAAACACUGGCUCGUGGGGAACAUUCAAGGGGGCGACGUCAGCUCCGGGGACGUUAUUGCGGAGUAUUUCGGCUCGGGGCCCCCCAAAGACACCGGUUUUCACAGGUACAUCUUUUUGGUGUACGAGCAAAAGGGGAGAUUGACGUUUGACGAGCCGAGGAGUUUGAAGUUGUCGAGGGCUCACAGGUUGAAGUGGUCUUUGAAGGAGUUUGUGAAGAAGUACGGUUUGGGGGAGGCUGUCGCCGGGGACUAUUUCAAGGCCAAGUGGGAGCCUUAUGUAGACGAGAGGAAUAAAAAUGUUACGAAUAAUUAGGCAGAUUUAGACUUUGUGUAAUUUGCUUAUCUUUAUUAUCAAUUUUGUAUGGCAAUGUGGUAAUUAUAGAAUUGUUUUUGUGCUUGCCAGGUGACGACGCAGAUUGAAAUAAAGGUAGUAUCAAAAUA